GUAGACUAAAUCAGGGAGGUAAAAUAUAGCUAAUGUUUAAAACGUGAUGCACUUCAUGGGUUUAUGGAUCGGUUUCGUUUACUUGCUUCGUUUGGUUUCAAUUCAUGGUCGUAAUUGAGAAAUAUUCCCGGUAGAGUUCGUGACACAAGAUCCUUAGUUUCGUUUUGGGGGUUUCACAGUGCGCAACGCAGCUGCAGUUCAUAUUCAAACACGCUCUCUUUUCGGUCAGAACUUCACUGAAGGAGUUUAAUGACAGGCGAGUCUACCGUAGGUCUACUAUAUUAAAGAACAGACAUUGAAGAAACUUAACUUCAACGAUGAAGGGAUUUUUGUUACUUUGCACACUCGCCUUUGUCUCAGGGCUGUUGCCUGAGGGCAGCACAGCACUCAAACCGCCUGGAAGCAUUUUCCCCCCCUCUGAAUUUGAUCCUACCACCCACAACACAACAACCCCCCCUCCUACCACCCACAACACAACAACCCCCCCUCCUACCACCCACAACACAACAACCCCCCCUCCUACCACCCACAACACAACAACCCUCCCUCCUACCACCCACAACACAACAACCCCCCCUCCUACCACCCACAACACAACAACCCCCCCUCCUACCACCCACAACACAACAACCCCCCCUCCUACCACCCACAACACAACAACCCCCCCUCCUACCACCCACAACACAACAACCCCCCCUCCUACCACCCACAACACAACAACCCCCCCUCCUACCACCCACAACACAACAACCCCCCCUCCUACCACCCACAACACAACAACCGCCUCUACUACCCCCCCUCCCACAGCAAAACCUAAGCCCACCAAGCAUGCCAACCUGACCGUGGGCACCUACACCUUGCCAGGGGAGAAAGGUUUAUGUCUGCGGGCACAGAUGGCACUGGAAUUCCAACUGGUAACUGACAAGGCAAAUGGGACAUUCAUUGUUCAACCGAGCAUGACAAAAGCUUCCGGGGAAUGUGAAACUUCUACAGCCAAAUUGACCCUCAGUUUCAUUGAAGGAUUCAUCACCUUAUCGUUCAACAAGAGCGCGGCUGACAAAAUGGUCUAUGUUGAUGCUAUUUCUUUUGAACUGUCCUACCCCUUCACAUCUGGAGGUAACCAAAAGUUCAGCCAACAGAACAAUUCCCUACACCUCUUUGCCGCGGCAACAGGCUAUUCAUACUCCUGCAAGAGUGAUUCCCUGUACAUGGGGAAUGGACUGUACCUGGACGUUACUCAGGACCAAAUGCAGGUCUUCAACCUCGUCAACAACCAGGACUUUGGCAAGCCUCAGCCCUGCCCUGCCGACAAACCUGACUACCGCGUAGCCAUCGCCGUGGGCGUGGUCCUGUUGGUGCUCAUUGUCAUCGUGUUGAUCGCCUACCUGCUGGGCCGGAGGAAGAGGACCAGUGGCUACCAGUCACUCUGAAGAGGUCACAGAGGUGUAUCCGUGGGGGUUAAAGGGCGUGUUCGUUCCCCAUCAAUUUCCAGCUUGUUUGCCCACCAUCUGACUCAAGUUGUUGCUAUUUGCACUGUACUAACCACAUCCUGUACCUUACAUAUCGACUAACCAGAAGUAGGGCUCCAGGGAACUUUUCGUGUUGGUGAUGAGUUUAUUUGUUGAUUCAGCGCCAAAGCUUGGCUUGCUCAUCAUAAUUUGAUUGGGUAGAAAUGAAACUGACAGCACAGACGUGUCGACUACAUUCUUGUAUUACUUCUAGAGCAGAUGCACAACGUUCUGGAAGAUCAGCAACAUUAAGGGAAGCAUCGAUAAUGGCCAUGCCAACUCGUAGUCACACAGUCACUCCGCUAAGUAAUUUGUGUUACUAACCUUUCCUAUCAGUCAUGUCUGCUUGCUUGUGUUUUCUAACAUCCAUACUGUUGCACCUUCCCCCCCAAGAGGACUGUAGUCACUGGUCUCUCUAAACAAUUAAUACAGGGUUGGAGCUUAACAGUGCUGCAAACUCUAGAGAACUGAGAAGAUUUGAGUUUUGUAGGGCUCUUAAGCCGAUCUGAUAAUUUUACCUUAACCUUAAAGUAGUUGAUAUGAGAUUGGGGACUUUUUAUUAAUAGGUCAUUUUGAUUUAUAGAUUCAUGUUUAAGCAUAUCAACCCAGGAAAUCAAAGGGAUUUUAAAAAUACUAUUAAUGCUAAAAUGGUUUUGUCAACAUUGUAUUUAGUCAUGAAAAUAAAUUGCAAUAAUAAGGGAAUAGGCCUAGCUUGGAAUCUGAUUGGUCAAACCUGAAGAAUAUAUUUGUGUGAUUAUGGUGGUGUUAUGAUUCUUGUAUUUCCGUCACUUCGAAGGUAAAGGUAUGCUACAGUAUGUUUACAGACACCGUUUUAUGCAGCAUGUGGAUCAUUGAGGUUGACAUAAAAUCUAAAUAAACAUACAUGAAGUCUGAUUAUUUCUGAA